AGGACAUAGACGUAGACGUAGUGACUUCAGAAGAUAUAGGUAGACAUAGACGUAGUGAUUACAGAAGACAUAGGUAGACAUAGACGUAGUGACUACAGAAGACAGAAGUCGCUGGCGAGGUGCGAGCUUUGUCAUUGUCGAGGGCACUCGAGCUUGGUGAUCUGCAUCGGCAAUUGAUCAAGUGUAUCAAGUGGCACUCUGGUGGAUUGCGUCGAGUUAUAUUCGGUUAGGUGAAAGAUUUAGAUACUUUGUGAAGUCACUAGGACACGUUAACUGCAUAUCACAUGUUAAAAGAAAGACAAUCAAUAAAUUUUUUAAUGAACAAUGAUAGUACAAGUAUAAUAACGCAAACGUCGGCUUGGACACCGCAUCACCGAGACAAGAAAGCAAAAAUUGACUCGCUUCCAAAUUAUUUGACUAUUGUCAGGUAACUCGACUAAUCAAGCAGAGGAUGGAGCUGCCGUACAAGAGCCCCGCGCGGCGCAAGAAGAGCACAGUCACGCCGCCACAGUUUGCCUUCAUCUCAGAGGUCGAGGAAACUUCUGCGACCACCCGGCAAACCUGGGUCGACGGGGACUUCAGUGAGGGGCUGUCGGGCGCUGGAGGCUCGCGCAGGAGCGAAAUUCCAGACGCGGUGAUCAUCUUUCGAGCGGUGGACACGCAAAGCCUGGAAGUGCUGCACACACUUCUGGACAAUAGGCCGGAGUUCGCAAACUGCCACGGCGGUAUGUUCCACAUGACGCCUCUGCACUGCGCCGUUGAAAACGGCUGGCUCGAAGGCGUUCUCAUGCUCGUAGAAAAAGGAGCAUCGGUGACUUCGCGUAAUCAAUACGGCCAAACUCCGCUCCAUUACGCAGCAGCGCGAGGUAAAUAUGUAAUACUCGAAGAACUCUUGAAGAGAGGGAACGUAAAUUUGAUUGACGCUCAAGACCUUCGAGGAGUGACGGCACUCCAUGACGCGGCCACAAUGGGGUCCCGACGGGCAGUGGAGGUCCUGCUCGAGUAUGGCUCCAACUGCACUGUUACAGAUUCCAACGGCCAGACGGCCCUACAUAAAGCAACCAAGGCGGGUUCGGUGGAAUGCGCCGCGGUGCUUAUGAAGGCCGGUGCAGAUCUACUUCAAAAAGACGACAGAGGCGUCACGCCCAAAAGAUACUUGAGGGAACACCCUGAGUAUUUGGAAACUUUGCUCGAUAUGGGCAUCAUCACAAGCCCUAACCGGCAGUCUGGCUUCCCUUUGACUUUCGACUUUUCUCUGUUAGUUGCGCCGUACGGGAUACAGCAAUGUCGGCUGCUUGAGAACUUUGCAAAGACCGACUCCAAUUAUCUGCUGGCUCAUCCACUUGUGCAUAUACUGCUUCUGGUCAAGUGGAGGAAAACAAGAUUAAUUUUCAUGGGCUACUUAUUAUUUUUUACUGUGUUUGCAGCCCUGACUUACACACUUAUGUUCGACCGCUUUAUUUGGUCAAAGUGUACACUGAACAACCAUACAGCCUACAACCAAAGAGCAAACAGCCGAAGAACCAACAACUUUACAGCAAACGACCUCAAACUGCCCCUCAAAUGUGAGACCAUCGAUGAUGUGCUCGGAGUGAAGAUAACGAUGAUCUUUCAAAUGUUGAUCUUCACUGUAGGCCAAGUCAACCGGCUGCGCAAGAAUGCGAUGAGUUGCAUGAAGUCGCUGACAUGGUGGCUCUUGCUGACCAUCAUCAUACUCUGCACCGUCAUCAUCGUCCAAUCAUGGGCGAGUCCACAAGAGAGUAUGUGGUGGGAGCAUCACGUCGCAACAUUCAUCAUCAUGCUCGAAGGAACUCAGAUCCUGCACUUACUCAGCAAGUUUCCUUCCUACGGCAUUUAUUGGCUCAUGUUCAUCAGAGUGGCAGAGAUGUUCCUGCGGGUCUUCUUCAUUUACUUAUGCCUACUACUCACCUUCACAACCACCUUCUACCUCGCGCUACACGACUUGGACAAAACCACGAUAUUCGGUAACUUCGGCCUCACGUUCCUCAAGAGCUUGACGAUGAUGGUGGGUGAACUAGACCUGUCAGAUAUGAAGGACAGCUUGGAGCGACUCCCUGUCACCUCGCACAUUAUACUCAUACUCUUCAUCUUGCUUAUAUCCAUCAUCCUCGCUAACCUGCUUGUUGCUCUCGCAGUCUCCGACAUCAAUGGACUACGCUCUAUUGCCCACCUAAUGCGACUCGCCAGUAUGGUGGAAGCGAUCGUGAGCAUCGAGCAGUUGUGGGACUGUCCGGUGCUCAGAUAUCUCGCCCAGAUCUGCUACUUGCCUACGCAGAAUAUUCAGUUCCGCUUGUGGCCACGCACGGACCAACGCCAUCCCAAGAUCGUCGUAAAGUUGAGCGAAUCAGCGAUCCGCAAGCCUUCGUUGACGCGGUAUACGACAGACAAGUCAACUUCGUGGUUCGUGUGCUGCUUGAACAAACUUCGAUCCAACCAAUACAGCGUGCAGAUCUCAACAUGCAUCUUGGAAAACCUCCUGGACCGUCUCGACGUCAAAGAAGGUAACGGCAACAGCAGACUAUCCGUGAAGUUCAGAUGCCUCGGCCCAUCCUCAGGAGGACGCAAAAUCUCGGCCGCGGAGCUUGUCUCACGACGUCGCCACACGCUAUGCAAAUCAGGACCGUUGCAGAGGAACAACUUGUCUAGGAGAAUCCGCGCGCCCAGCAGGAAAAAGAAGAAGUUUGAUGUUGAGCCGCACCCAGAGCGAUUUUAGUCCAUGAUGCGAGGUUUGAGAAGAGGAUUGGUACUUAACCACGACAGGAUUUACGUAUUAUCGUAAGAAUACGAACUAGGGGUAGAAAAGAACGAAUCUUAUUUAUUGCUUAUAUUUAAUAUUAUCUUAUCCAUUUUAGAUAUAAGUAGAUAGACUAUAAAAAAUAAAUAAGAAAACCCCUAUAUCUUGAAUUAAAAAAUAAAA